CAGACUCUACUGCAAUCCAAAGAUAACAAAUUAAUGUCAAAAUAUUUCUUAGUUUUUCCAACUUUGUUUCCGGACCGAAAGGCACCAUCUUUUCAGUUUCGUUGUUGUCGUUGUCAGUUGGGCGAUUUUGUAAAAAGCCGCAACCAUGGGUCGUAUGCACGCACCUGGCAAAGGUAUUUCGAAGUCAGCUUUACCGUACCGCCGAAGUGUACCAACUUGGUUGAAACUAACAGCAGAUGAUGUCAAAGAACAAAUAUUUAAACUUGGCAAGAAAGGUCUUACCCCAUCACAGAUCGGUGUCAUGUUAAGGGAUUCCCAUGGAGUGGCCCAGGUCAGAUUUGUCACUGGUAAAAAGAUCCUCCGUAUCAUGAAAGCCAUGGGUUUAGCUCCUGAUCUACCUGAGGAUCUCUACUACUUAAUUAAGAAAGCUGUUGCAAUGAGGAAACACUUGGAACGUAACAGGAAAGAUAAGGACAGCAAAUUCCGGCUCAUUCUUGUAGAGUCCAGGAUUCACAGGCUAGCUCGCUACUACAAGACCAAGAGUGUGCUGCCUCCAAACUGGAAAUAUGAGUCAAGCACGGCAUCUGCUUUAGUGGCUUAAGUUUAAUAAAUUUAUCAACAUUCA